CUUUUUUUCUGGGCAGGAAGCGUGCCAAUUGCCCGCGCCGGAACCCCUCCGAGACUGGACUGACUGCCCGCUGCCGUCCCCGACUCGAGGUUUCGAUUCGCGAUUCCCCCCGUCCCGCUGCCGCCGUCGCCGCCCGCCGCCCCCUCGAGUUCCCCUCUACCGGAGAGCGCGACACCCGACCACAGCUCCUCUCUCUCACACACCAUGGCUUCAACACAACAAUGUCUAGCCUCGCUGGCCAGGCUUAGCCUGUCGACGCCCACCAGAGCUGCUCUUCCGACAAUACCCAAGUUCCUCGUCCCGUCGGUCGCCGCAUCGCAGGUUCGAUAUGCGACCAACAACCCCAACAAGGGCGGAGCCAAGAAGGCGCCCAAGAAGAAGAAGCAGUACAAGUUCUUCAAGUCAUGGGACUUGACCGGCCAGCAGCAGUUUUCUCUCUGCGAUGCUAUGCGCUACCUCCGCGCCGUCGAGGUCGGCCAGCCCCCCUUGUCCGUCAAGUACGAGGUGCAUGUUAAGCUCAGGACAAAAAAGAACGGCCCUGUCGUGCGCGACCGCGUCCGCCUACCGACCCCCGUCAAGACCGACACCCGUAUCGCCGUCAUCUGCCCCGAGGGCAGCGCGCUGCAGGAGGAGGCCAAGAACCUCGGCGCCGUCAUGGCCGGCGAGGAGACUUUGUUCGAGGCGAUCCGGUCGGGCAACUUUCCCUUCAACAAGCUCCUCUGCCACACCGAGAGCGAGGGCGCGCUGCGCAAGGCCAACGUCGGAAAGCUGCUCGGUCCCAAGGGUCUGAUGCCCAGCGGCAAGACCAAGACCAUCACCAACAACCUCGAGGCCACCUUCCGGGACAUGAUUGGCAUGGACGAGUACAGGGAGAGGAACGGUGUCGUGCGUAUGGCGGUUGGCCAGCUUGGUUUCACCCCCAAGCAGCUGGCCGAGAACAUUCGUGUGUUCAUGGCCAAGAUCAAGUCCGACAUUGGCAAGCUGGAUGAUACCACGCCCAAGAUGGUGGAGGAGGUGGUUCUUAGCACUACCCACGGUCCUGGAAUGAGUCUGAACGCCGAGUUUGCGCCUACCGAUGACAAGAUCAAGCCCGAGGAUCUGGAGUCGGUCAUGUAAGAGCGUCAUUGUAGUAUAGGACGGGAGGGUUGGGCUAGAUUUCCUUGUAUCAUAGGCAUGUAUUAUAAUGGCAAAAUGGAGCGGUUGGUAACAUGGGUAUGCCCUUGUGCUUGUUCUCUGUGUAUAUGUGCAAGUAUUAGGUGUAUUAAUUGUCCUUCAGAACUGUACUUUUAACCCCUUAGCAGCAGCCAUCUAUCACAUGAACCAUCCAUC